AGCGCGCGCGCGUCUUUAGUGUGUACCAAAGUGUUAAAACACAGAAUUUGUUUGUGAAUCGAAGUAAAGUGUGUGUGCGCAAAUACAAAAAAAAAAAAACAAAAAACAAAAACAAACGAAAAGUAAGGUAACGGUCGUUUUGCUCUUCGUCGAGAGGGGCGGCAAAUAGCAUAAAGUUCAGUUCAAAACACACAAACCGCAGUCGCCGUUACAGUUGCAUUCUCAACUCUCGCUUGUCGGCAGUCGUCAUUCGGUGUGUUUUAUUUGUUGUUUUGCUUUUAGAGUCAGUGCAGGCGUCGCGCGCGUUCCCUUUGGAGGUGCCAAUAACAAGAGCGAAUGUGUUUCAAUGAUGUUACUGCCUUCGGGGCGUUCAAAUAGUGAUGUCUAUCCGUUACCAAAUGCCAACACAACAGCGUCCAGUGUGGGCGGAUCUAAGCCGCUGCUACUGACACGAACAUCAUCGCCACAAUUGACGACGCUGCCAACGUUGAAUGGUGGCGCCAACAACGCCUACACAACGCUCCGCACUCCGAACGCCUCAGCCGCUGUAGCACAAGAAAAGGCCGGAAGUCUGUCGGAGACCGGAACACAGGCGACAACAACGACGUCAACGCCAACAACAACAGCAACUGCAGCAACCAACGCUGGCAACUGUGGCAUUGGGGUUGGCGGCAUCUAUGGCCCUAUUUUGGGACAGAGUCUGCCCAUCGGAAAUUGGGGCGAAAUUGAUCGACAUUUGGAGGCAGUCCAGGACAAACUGAAAACUGGCUGGACAGCGCAUGUGGGCAAGGAGGGCAGAAUCUACUACUGCAACCAUUUGACGCAAUCAUCUGGUUGGCUGCCUGCCUGCGAGGAUUGGAGCAAGCAUGAGGAGCUUUCCUAUGGUUGGGAGCGUGCCAUAGAUUCCAAGGGUCGUUCCUACUACAUCAAUCAUUUGAACAAGACGACCACUUAUGAGCCGCCUGAAUGUAUACGCUGGGACGAGCAUCCGCCGGAGCCGCGACUCGUGCAGCUGCAGCGCAGCUCCAGUUUGGGCUUUGGCUUUGUGGCCGGCAGCGAGCGACCGGUGAUUGUGCGCUUCGUUACCGAAGGCGGUCCCAGCAUUGGCAAACUGCAACCAGGCGAUCAGAUACUGGCCGUCAACGGUGAGGAUGUUAAGGAUGCGCCCCGUGAUCAUGUCAUCCAAUUGGUGCGCGCCUGUGAAGCGCAGGUGUCGCUGCUCGUCUGCCAGCCAAUGGCUCACUGCAUCAUGCCCGGUCGCAAAUCCACACUGCUCUCAGCCGGCAAACGUGCCAAGCUGCGCUCGCGUCCCAGCCGAGUGCGUUUCGCGGAGAGCGUGUGCGUCAAUGGAGCACCCUUGUUUCCGCCAUCAGCUUUUUCGCUGGGCGACAUUUGUGUGCCGCCGAUGGCAAAUGUGCUCAAGGUGUUUCUGGAGAACGGUCAGACCAAGUCAUUCAAAUAUGAUGCGACAACAACAGUGCAGGAUGUGGUUAGCUCGCUGCUGGACAAACUCUGUCUGUGCUGCGGCGAACUCUUCAGUCUGGUGUUGGAGCAUGUCAAGAGUCUAAAGCGCAACAAGCUCACACUCCUCGAUCCGCAUGAGUCACUGGCACGCAUUGCUGCUCGCCCGGGUGCUCACAAGCUACGCUGCCUGUUUCGCAUCACCUUUGUGCCCAUUUCAGCCGCUGAGCUGGCUCAGAGAGAUCUGCAUGCGCUGGACUAUCUGUACAUGCAGUGCUGCAACGAUGUCAAUCAGGAGCGCUUCGCACCGGAACUGCAGCCAGAGCUGGCACUACGACUAGCUGCCCUGCAUAUGCACCAGCAUGCGCUGGCCAAUAACUUUGCGCCCGCCAAGCUCACCGUCAAGCUGGUCGAACGCGAGUUUGGCCUGGAACGUUUUGUGCCCGUCAGUCUGUUUGAGGGCAUGAAACGAAAGGAGCUGCGACGGCUAAUUUCACACUUUUUAAAGCUUAAUGCGGAGAUGACAGGAUCGUCUAGUAAAGUUCUAACCCAGUUGCAGGCGAAACUCCAUUAUCUAGAUAUAAUCGCUAGUUUACCAAGCUACGGCGCCAAAUGUUUCAGCACAAACCAAAGAGAGGGCAUGGAACGCGUUCUGCUCGUCAGUCCACGCUUCGGUCUAAGUCAGAUAUCCAGUGCACGCAAUUCUGUGCCACAGCCCAUUUCGGCCAUUGAGGAUUUUACGCAUUUGGUGGUUCAUCGCGAGGACGACAUCACGUGCAGUAUAUCGAUUUACAUGCUGGGCGAUCGAGCUGUCAAGUUCAUCAUGGAGGAGCGCGAUGGCUGCGAGUUUAGUCUAGUGCUCAGCGGCUACUAUCGACUGCUGACAGGCAAUACGCUGAAUGUGCUGCGAGAGCGCGAACCGCAUGAGGAGGACAGUGCGCCCGCGUUUUUGUCGCAGCACACCGUACUGCCCGCUGGCUGGAGCUAUCUGUUGCCCUUCCACACGCGAGCGCACAGCGUCAAUUUUCUGAUAACGCCGCCAUAUCACCCGAUGCCGCACAAGGCGGUGCUGUCACAGCCGCAGUCUGUGCAGCAGUUAUCCUCACAGUCGCAGCCACAGUCGCUGCCCUAUGCAACCGAUCUGGAUUUGCACAGUGUGAUGGCCACCGAACUGCUGGAGGAGGCGGCCAAGGAUUCGGGGCUGAGUGACAGCAGUGGCAGCAACUAUUGCAGCGAGGGACGCAGCCAACUGGCCGUGGAGGCCAAGAACGAGCAAGUGCUGCGGCGCGUCCAAGAACUCCAGCAGCUCGUUCAAUGCUCCGAGCAGUAUCUGAACGAGCAGGAGCAAGAGCUGCAGCAUAUACACAUGCAGCAGCAGCAACAGCAGAUGGGACAUGGCGUGGCCAUGCUUGAAUUUGAUAGCGAUUGCGACAGUUUGAACAGCAGCAAAGUCUCCUCCACGGAGGAGUCCAACAUGAAUCAUAUUGGCGGUGCUGGCACUCACUCGCUUAAGCACAGUGAUUCCCUCACACUGCUGGCGGAGACGAUUAGUCAUGAGUUGACCGGUAUCACUCAAGGAUUAAAUGCCAUAACCGAGCCGGUCUCUGCCUCGGCACCGCCCACACCCGCCACGCCCAAGCGCAAGCCCAGUUUGUGCAGCACAUCCAGUCCGCGACCGCAGCGCAAACUCAACGUCUUCAGUCAACUGCUUAGCGAUCUACAAGCCUCGGGCACAGAUUUCUCGCAGAGCGAAAGCGAUUCCGAAUCGGUAGCAUCUCCAGCUCAAUCGCCAACAACACGACGGCCACAGCAGCUGCUUCAGACAGGCGGAGCCAAGCAGCAGCUGGCGCAACGCAGCAGCUUUGGGCUGCACAGUCCCGACGGCACCCACUUCGGUGCCGAGACGAAGGAUUACAAUUUGCGCGAGUAUCUGCAGCAGUUGAAAGAGAUUAGCAAUGUGCCCGCCGUCGCUGAUACGGAUGUGGCCGCUCGCCAGCUGUCCGAGAUCUAUGGCUUUGAGGUGCGCGAGGAUACGUUCAUUGAGAUUGAUACGGAUUUGAUUGAUUUGCGUGCCAUUCCGCCGCCCCAGACGCCCGAUGAGCUGGACUCGCUGUCGCUGCUGAAUGCGGCGCCACCGAAGGGCUUCGAGGGUAGGGCCGAGGAGCUGGAUAGCUUUCUGCAGCAGAUGCUGGUGGCGCCGCCCACACAGAAAGCAACGCCCGCCAAGGAACUAACGCCCGAGGAGAUUAUGUCCUUCAUAAUACCGCCGCCACCAAAUCUCGAGGCGCAGAUUCCAGAGACGGAAUGCCUCUACAGCAAUUCGGUGCAGGCGAAACGCGAAUUUUUCCAGGCUGUCGCCAAUGGUAGCAAUGGCACCAAUCACAUGAACAUGAACCACAACAACAACAACUCAAAUUGCAACAACAACAGCAAGGAUCUAACCUCACAUGUCAUUGAGUAUCCCACCGUGGAGCGCAAGAGCAAAUUCAGCUGCUGUCCCACAUCCAAAAAGGAAGACUCCGCAGCACUCGAAAAACAACCAUUGCAGCCACCACCGCGCACAGCUGCCUCGGAACAGUUGACACCACCGCCGGCGCGCCCUCCCAAAAGCGCUGAGCUACUCCAACGUUAUUCACCCAAAAAGCAGGUGCGGAUCAUGGGUGUCACGGCCAGUGCCAGUAGUGUGCCAUUGCGUGACCUGUGCCCGCCACAGCUCCCACCACGCAGCAGUCCCACAGCCUUCUCGGAGCCACCAACGCCUCAGACUGCACAGUUGCCCAACACAAUGCUGGCAGCCGCCACAUCAGCAGCGGUGAGUGCGCCCAAGAAACCCCCGCUGCCGCCCAUUGCCAGUCGCCCCAAUCGCCCCCAAGUUAAUGGCACGCCCAUGCCCAUGCCCACACCCGCAAGCACAACAACAACGACAACAACAGCAACUCCACCAAUACCGGCAACAAUCCGCCUACCCAAUGCGCAUUCCAAUGGCCAGCCGGCUCUGCCAAAGAAACCACAACAGCUGCACGGCGAGAAGCUGUUCAUCAAGAAUGGUCAUCUAAUCGAUGGUGAGGCGCUGCUGGCCAAAACGGAUGUGGCCAUGACCGGACUACUCAUCAAACUGGACCAGGUGGCCGCUCAAUGCUCGGCCGCCCAGUCAGCUGGCGGCGGCACCAGCAUCGAUGAAGAGAAAUUCCAACGGGCACGCAACGAGCUGACGGAGCAGACCCUGGCCCUGGUCACGGCCAGCAAAUUUCUGGUUGCGUCGAUGUCGGACAUGACGCUGAUUACGCUGCCCGAUCAUCUAACCUCCUGCCUGACGGCCAUUCGUCGCAUCACGGAGCUGGCGCAGGAUAUGACGCGGCACACAUCGGCGCCGCUGCAGACACGCAACAUUGUGCUGAAGGUGCACGAUGUGGCCAGCAGUUUCCGGGAGCUAGUUGGCGUCCAGAUUGGUCCGAUCGGUGCUGGCCAAUUGGCGUUGCAGGCCGAAUGUUUGGCCAAUGUGCUGGCCACGCUGUUGCGCAGCCUGCGCGUCUUCUCGCCCUAAGAGAACGAACCCGAUCCUAACCAAGUUCAAUACAAACUCCAACACGACCACGACAUAUCUAUUCAACUAUUCUAACUAAUAUAUAUAUGCGUAUAUACAUAUAUAUAUUUAUAUACGAAUAAAUAGCUAAAUAUCCCCUAUAUACAAUAUAAUUAUACCAACAUCUGCAACUAUUUUACAGGUAAACAGCAACGUCAGAGAAUCGUUGGUCUGAAUUUUAGGCUAGCUAUUGAUAAAAAUACAUACACAACUCUAGCGGAAACUCGAACAUAACCAAAUCUAUAUAUCGUGUUCAGAUGCUUCAUGUGUAUACGUACAACAUAACCAAAGCCAACUAUUUAACAGCAUUCUUAAGUGAACAACAUUUAAAUCCUAUAAGCUACUUAGGAGGUGUCAUAUUUUUUUUUUAUCUUGUAAACUAUCAACGUAUAGCUUUUGAUAAUCUUAUUUCUAAGUUUAACAAACAAAUUUAGAGACAUAUACAAAUUUGAGUUGAAUCAAUGCUAAAAGUUGGGGUACUUUGUAUACUUAUAUAGUCUGCAUCUGAACACGAUCUUAACGCAUACUAUUUAAAUACUAAAUAAUGUUAUAAUAGUUAAACUUCUCUCAUAAACUGCAUGCAACUAACUCGAAUUUCUAUGUAAUCUCCUAAAAACAAAAAAAAAAAAACAAUUAUAACUCAAAACUCUUAAAACUAUGCAUGUUCUCUCUUAAUGUUAGUUACCAUAAACCAAUUUAAGUAACAUCAUGACUUGAGUGUAGACCAAUUUAUAUAUGUAUAUGUAUCAACAGAACAUACAACAUUACAAUAUACAUAGCUUAAAAAAUAUGUUUAUUAUUAAAAUACGACAUUAGUAUAUUUUCUUAUGUACAUAUAUUUAUAUAUAUAUAUGAAUACAUACAAUUUACACACAUUUCAUAUAGAUACAACAUACAUACUUAAAUAUAUAUCAAACAAAAACAAAAA